UUUUCUUUUCCCCCCACCCCCUACAUCUUCUGUCCUCUCUCCAUCUAUUUUGUCCGGAUCGAUCAUAAUUUAAUUUCCUUGCAAGGGUGCUUUGGUAUUUCUAUUCUCUCAUGGUUUCAGGUGCCUGUGCCUGUGCCUCCCAAUAAACUAGAAAGACGAGAAGGCAAGGGAACUCUACUCUCUCUCUCACAAGCUUCUCUUUGUGUGUGCGUGGAGCUUAGAGUAGAGAGUAGAAAAGCCUAAACGUUUCGGUAGAUAUUGAAGAGCAAGAUGGCGCAUAACAGGUGUUCUGGUUCUCUAACAUCCCCAAGAGUCGACGUUCUCGUCGAUACGGGAAAUACCUUCCUUGAUCACACCGUCGAUGGCUUCCUCAAGAUCGGAGCUGUGGCGGCCACGAGAGCAGCAGCGGAGGAGACCUUUCAAUGCUUGGGAAGAGGGGAAUUUCCAAAACAUAAACUUGAGGACACGUUGAAGAGGAUGUUCCGGGAGGGCGCAUGCUGGGGAACUGUGGCUGGUGUAUAUGUAGGAAUGGAGCGCGGAAUUGAAAGGAUCCGUGGCACCAGAGACUGGAAGAGUGCAAUGCUUAGCGGUGCAUUAAGUGGAGCACUGAUUUCGGCAGCCACCAACAAUGGCAGAGACAAGGUUGUGAUGCAUACGAUUACAGGAGGUGCCAUUGCCACUGCUGCAGAAUUCCUCAAUUGUCUCACCUGAAUAAGAGAACCCAGAAAGCUUUUAAUUUCUUUCAGAAAGAAUCAUCUACUAGUUCUUCCUCUGGUCUUUUUGUUUUGUACGUGGACAACCGGUAGUUAAUGUAAUUUCCAAAUGAUUUUGAGUUUACUGCUAGCCUAUGCCUAUGAAAAAGGAAUGUUGAUAAGACCUCUCUAGAAGGAUAAAAAUAGAAAUAUUAAAUGUUAGGUAAUUGUUGUUA